CCCGUAGAAAUAACCUUGGUCUUUGUUCCAUUUAUUGCAUACCUUCUCCUAUGUCACUAUCAUCGCCUGACGUGGUCAAAAUGUCUUCUGGGGAUAAACAAAAGAAAAUAAAAAGGCGGGUAGUGUAGAGAGCGUAAAAGCCGGGCUCUAGCAGGGCCAUGGCCCUGGUGUCGUGUAGCGAGGACAGGAGACUUGUAUGGAGGAGUCGGAGAGGCGGAACGGUCAUGUGGAGUGCCAGGGGACGAGCUGUAUUGGAAAAGACCAGACGAUGAUGAAUAGGAUUGUGGUGCUGGGAUGAAAACACAACUCGAUGGAGCGGAAAUGAUGUGACCUGAGUGAUGGGCGUCGUAAUGAUCAUGGUGAUGGCGGUCGCCGUGGUCGUGGAUGCGAAAGUCGAUGAUGGCCACGGCUUCCAAAGGGCUAUUAACGUCUUGCUCAAUGAAUGGGAACGGGGACGCGCCUGUGGAGCUGCUGCUGCUGCUAAGUGCCCCUCGUCAAACACUGGCGGUCCAGUUGGCAGUUGGCCCUAUCGCGUGGCAGUGUCAAUCGCGCGAAAAGCGCGUCUGUCGGCGUGAAAAGGACACAGGAUUGGAGUGUGAGGUCUCGGCUCAUUCGGUCGGUCGGGGGGGAAGACGUUGUGGGUGUCUUUCGCGUCCAUCUGCUGGGACAUGCGUGCUUCCUGCAGCGGGGCAAGUUAUCCAAGCACGGCACCCAGCCGCUGCCACCACCACCCCCGUUGCCGUCGCCGUCGUCAGUCCCCUGUUCCUCAAAUUCGAUCACCCCCUCCGCAAACGAUUCGAGGCGCCGCUGAAGCUGCGCGACUUCGUUAGAGAAGUUGGACGUAAGGGUUUAGAGAUGAUGCACAGGGGCCGUGUAGUUUACGUCAACAGCGACUAG